AUGGCAUUCGCACAGGAUGUCUGGACUGACCGGGGUCAAAACUAUGCGUGUACAAACGGUUCAAUACAGACCGACAGCAAUGGGUACCAAUACCGGAUAUACUGCGGCUACAGACACAACGGCGACAACUACGAUAUCAAUAAACGACCGGACUACCAACCAUUCCAUGCUGAUACUUUGGACGAUUGUCUAAACUACUGCUCUAGAGGUGGACCACUCUGCCGAGGCGUGCUGUACUCGGAAGGGUUGAGGACCGGGUAUCGGAAUUGCUACCCGAAGAGCGUGAAUGGCUCCGAUCCUUUCAAACUUGUGCCUGACCCCGGCACAACAACCGCCAUUGGUAUACUUUCGGUCAACAGCACCUGCACCAGCAGCUCAUACACCGCGUCUGGGGGUGGAGUGUUCAAUACCUCCUGCGAUACCACUGGAUCCGGCCCUGACAUCAAAAAGGUCCAUAGCGACAAUUUUGAAGCAUGUAUCGACGAGUGUGCGAACUACAGGCCAGAAAAUGGGGGUAACAGUUGCUUUGGCGUCUUGUACGAGCCAAGUGCGUCAGGGGGCUUCCAAAACUGCUACCUAAAAUAUGAUCUUCAAAACCGCACGUCCGGUAACUUCAACUUGGCUGUUCUAGCUGAGGCAGGGAAUGGAAACGGCGAUGACGACUCGAGCAGCAACGCAUGGAUCGCUGGAGUCGUCGUGGGACCCGUAGUAGCCAUCGCAGCGGCUGUUGGAGCAUUCUUCUGGUGGCGGAGGAGACGAGCUGCUAAGACACAACCCAGCGAGGACAAGACCGAAGGCGAGCCUUUCCGGGAUUUAGGGACACCACACGCGAGCAGUCCUUACUUGGAUCAGGUUCCUCCCAAGUAUGACGCCUCGAGCCAGCCACCGACCACUCCCUCUGCGACGUCGAUGCCGACGCCGCCGGCGGCGGCAGAGCUCGGAACCGGUCCACGGCCUACGCAAGAGCUUCCUGCGAGGGAACAGCCCCGAUUUGAGAUGCAGGGUUGA